UUACUGAGUGAUCCCAUGCUCCUUCCAGACACCACUAACACAGCUGAAGCACAAUUGUCACAGCAGCAGCAGCAGGGUUGGGGGAAGAAAUGUGUAUAUGUUGAGCCACCUAGGAGAGUUAAAGAAAUACUUGAGGAGCACCUUCAUUUUCAGAAAGAAGAAUGCGAUGUUAAACAUCCAGCUGCAGUGGCUCUAGAAGGAGUUUGGGAUGUGAAAAACAAUUUCUCCAUUAGAAGCCUGAAAGCAGUGUCACAGAACAGGAGCAGUUUACUUUUACAGCCUCAAUUCUACUCAAGACAUGCAAGAAUAAAAAAUUGCUGAACUUUACUGCUAUGAAGACUUGAGUCUGCUUUGAUGUGUCAAAUCAAACAUCACAAUGACUAGCUACCUUUGGAAAUGUAGAUCUGUACUUCCAGGAUUUUGAAUAAAAUUCUGCUUGAAUAUGGA